AUGAUCAACUUUCUAGAGGAGUGCUGGGCGCCAGCUCUUGCUUUGGGUAUCUUUGCUGUAACAGUCGUCGGAACUCCAGUAGUAACGAAAGCCGAGAGGGACAUCGAAAAUCAGCAGAGACCUCUCCUACAAGAUUUCGAUGCAUUAGGGACAUGGUUCGAGGAAGUUGCCUCGAUCGAACACACGCCAGCGAAACGUGAACCAAAUGUCAGCAUCGCAAUAGUGGGAGCAGGCGUAUCAGGGCUCGCAACUGCUCUCAUGCUGGACUCUGUCGGCGUCCACAAUUGGGAAAUCAUCGAAGCUAGCGGGCGUGUGGGCGGUCGAUACAGAACAAAGUUUGUUGGCGGCACCCAAGAGUAUGCGGAGAUGGGACCGAUGCGCUUGCCCUGGAACGUAACAUACAAAAGCGACAACACCACGGAGAUCUAUACCGACCAUCGCAUGGUAUUUGACCUUGCGGAUUGGCUGAACGAGCUAAACGGCCACGACCCGAAAUGGACCAUCAACUUUGCUCCCUGGAUCCAACACCAUCCGAACGAGCUUUAUGCACGAGGGACAAAAAGACUACCUGACGGGCGAGUGCCAACCAGGGCAGACGUCGAGGCUAAUUCGAACCUGGCAGCAGCCCCCAUCUUGACGACUGAAGAGUACAACAGCACGCUGAAGAAGAUGAACCAAAUUUUGAUGGACGAGAAGACUCUUCGCGAGAUACAGCGAGAUCCUUGGCGCGCUCACAAAAAGGCCAUGGACCAGGGCUUAGAUGAUAUAUCCGAGCAGAGUAUGAUGCGGAACAUCUGGCAGGCCAGCGAGAACGUAACUGAUGCGAUCUGGACAAGCAAAGAUUACGACAUAUUUUGGGAUGAGAUGCACCACAACUCAAACCUGGAGCUGAGCGGGAGCCCUGGAACUCUCGGCCUGACCCAGUGGAAGUAUGUUGAGGGAGGCUUCGAUCGAAUUACGGACGCCUUCAUUCCCCAGGUGUCCGACAAAUUGACGCUGAAUCGCAAGAUUCGCAAGCUCGAGUAUGUACAAGAUCAUGGCAGAGCAGCCAGAACUAGACUUUCGUGGAUCGAAGGGAAGGGAGAGAAUCGCACUACACGCUCCAAAGAGUUCGAUUUCACGAUAAUGGCUGUGCCAUUCACCAUGACGCGCUUUAUGGAACUCCCCAAGUUCUCUUCGGUCCUGAGCCGCGCCAUGGGCGCGUCAGGAUUGCGGUUCCAGUCCGCUUGCAAAGUUGCACUGCUGUUCAAAGAACGGUUUUGGGAGAAAGGUCCACGUCCAAUCUUUGGUGGCUAUUCUCGCCCUCGGAGUGAACCAGUUGGCUCACUGUACUAUCCCAUGUAUGGCUUCAACGAGACUGGCCGUCCAGGCUUGAUCACGCAUUAUCGCGGUGCAGACUGGGCCGACUUCUUCGUCAGUCUUUCCAAGGAGCAAUAUGUCGAAAUGAUACUGGACGCAAUCGCAGACCUCCAUGGAGAAGAAGUCAGAGAGCUGUAUACCGGCGACUAUGAACAUCUGUGCUGGCAGCAGGACGAGUUCAGUGCUUCUGCUUGGACGAGGCCAAACAUAGAACAGCACAAGCUGUACAUCCCGUCUUAUUUCCGCACCGAGCACAACACUAUUUUCAUCGGCGAACACACGGCCCCAACUCAUGCCUGGACUAGCUCAGCUUUGUACUCUUCCGUCAGAGGAGCCGUGCAACUGUUGCUGGAAAUUGGGAUGGUCGAGGAAGCGAAGGAGUUGAACGCAAAGUGGAUGGGUCGAUGGCUGACUGGAAAACGGUAA